AUGGGUGCGCGGAGGGCCGAGUGCCGGCCUCUAAAAAGCCCGCAGGGCCUAACGAGGUUACCUCGCAGCAUUCCGUCGAAAAUUGAAUCCCGCGAAUCCCGUGCGCCACUCAGCGUCGGCGCCUUUCCAUCUCGUUGGCCGGCUACGGUGGGUCAAACCAGCAUUGCCGGCGUCUCGAGGGAGUCGUUUGGAAGAAGAUAUGGAGGAAUAUCGAAAGGCGAUGACGAAGAAAGGGACGUAGUUAACGACGACGAUGAUUUGAGGGAAAUAAGCUUUAGAGAAGGCGUGAAAGGUAAAGGAAGAUCACUGAAGAUCUACAUCCCCUCAGGGCAUCAUCUUAUACGAAGUCAAUUACUAUUCUUCCCUUUUGGUAACGACCGUGUUUUGCCCUGUCCCCUAAGACGCUAAUAGUGUAAAUGACAUCUGAGAAAGCGAAAACAAAUUAUUUUAUUUUUGUCUGGAUUCUGGCUUCUAAUCUCCGCUCUCGAUUACGGUCGACCUCCCACCGCUGUCCUCAAGGACUCGUCGAUUAGAGAUCGAUGGCUGUAAAGUCAUUACUUCCGAUCAUCACAAGUGCCGCGAAACCCAAAAAAGCGAGAGCCUUUUGUAUUCAAUUACAGGCGAACAGUUGGCCCUCGAAGGGAAACGAAACAUUUUCAUUAGUUUAUGAUCCAAUGGGCUUAAUCCGCCUUAAGUGCCGCGCCGAUCCGGCCCCAUUGGGAAUCGCCGGUCAUUUUAGGUUAUAAAGUUUGAGGAAGAGAAGAGUUAUGUCAUCAAAUGAGUUAAUCCCAUCGAAAAUGGAAACACUAAUCUAAUUUUUGGUUCAAAGGCAUGUAUUCGAAAGGGGCGAAUCGAAUGUCCGGCAGAGGAGAAAUUUACAGGGUUUAACUACAAAUAUAUAUGUAUAAAUAAUUGCUUUAUUAAUAUAUACAUACAUCAUGAUGACAAUUACAAUAAGAAGGAUGAAAAUACUGCCGAUCUCCGGACCAAACCCGCAAUAAAGAAAUCACUCUCUCUGUAUUGUAAUCCUUACUUUAUUUUGUUAAUUGCCAGUUAGGACGUCCCUAUAAAAGGCAAGCCCUGACGUCAAUAAAUUAGUCUAACAAGGAAUGUGGAAAAAUGUGUAAAUCGAUUUUGGCUUGGGACAUGGUUAGAUCGAAAGGUCUAAAAUUAGACCUUUGGUAGUCGAUUAUUCACUUGGGGGAAAUCUCUGCGCGGGGCUUGAAAACCGAGAAAAUCGGCUUCAAAGUUUGGACGAAAAAAAGUAGCAACAGAUAGGGAUCCCGGAAAUAGCGAUAAAAAGAGCGAAGCGGUGGCCGAGUGGUCAGUGCGCUCGGUUUUUGCACAAAAGGUCUCAAGUUCGAAUCUCCUUUUAUUCAUAACUUUUUUAAGUCUCUGAGCGCAGGACACCCACCGAGAUGAUAUCUCGGCUUGAUGUUGGGUGAUCUAUAGAAACAGCUUAUUGUUAGGCGACUUCAACAACGUUAAAGUGGCGACUAACAUGGAAUUCUAACUCCCGCGGACAAAUCUCCGAAACCUCUAUGUAGCAUAAAUGUACAGGGUGUACCAAUUUGGUGGCCCGAUUUGAAUUGGCUAUAACUUUUUUAAUUUUGGGCCAAAUUUUAAAAUUCUUUUUUUUCCCUGAAUCCCCAGACAUCCCCAUUGUGUUUAAUACCAAAUAUGUGGCAAGAGUACAGAAAUCUCGCCGUCUUCGUCGUGAAGAACAAAAGAUCUCAAAAAAUGCCGAAAAUCAGUCGUAUCUUUUGAACGGCAUAGAUAGUUGUGGUAAACCUAGGUUCAUAAGGUUUAAAAUUUUGUGUAGAAUACAUAGUUUGGAAUCAAAAAACAAAAGCAAAUCCGCUCCUAAGAAGUGAAACCCGGAGGGCACAGAUAUGAAAAUUUUGAAAAUCCGCAAAGUUGGGGAAAAGGUUUGGCCCUAAACAAAGAUGAAAUUCAAUCUAAGUUUUGUAGUAUAAGUUUUUUGGUCCAACAUGUUGCAACAUAACAUUCCAUUUUUAGGGCCGACAAUUUUAACAACCGAAAACAGUGAAAGAAAGUAUUAGUUUUUCGUUGUUUGUUGCUUUUUACUGUAGUUUACAAAAAAUGUAUGUUAUAUUUGGUAUUAACCAAAAUGGGGAUGUCUGAGGAUUCUAGGAAAAAGAAUUUAAAAAUUUGGCCCGAAAUUAAAGAAGUUAUAGCCAAUUCAAAUCGGGCCACCAAAUUGGCGUAAGUCAGUCAAGAACUCAAAAUGCCCCGCGGUAGCUUUUGUAAACAGGCACUACCGGUAGUUGUGGAAAAGCGCACCCAGCGCAUCCCAACCAAAAAAAGAAGCUCCAGAAGUUGGUCUGGGCAUUGGCCCAGACGCAACUCCAAACCAGCCCAAUGCCGUUUCUCAGCCUGUGCCAAUCCACAACCGGGCCCUUCCAAGCCACCCGAGACGAAAAAGAAUUAUGGGAUGAUCUAGCACCCAUGGAUCACAUACAUAUGUAA